UUUUUGCCUUUUUGAGUGAGCUUCACAUCUUGCGUGCUUUGACUCCUUCCUCGUGCCUUUCAUUUUGCCCUCCAAUUUGGUCCUUUUCUGGCUUUUGCGUUUCGCACUGCUGCUUUUGGCUCAAGAUCUCUUCAUUUACAUACCGGCCAUGACUACCAUGACGAAGAAUGGUGCGUGCACUGCAAAUUGAGCUGAUACAGCAGAACGCAGUGACCGAGCAAAUACUCCGUUAUCCGCAACCGCUGUGCUCAGAUCUCGCAGACGUAAACAAAAGGUGUAGCGCAAUAAUUCGCCCUUGCGCAGUCACGAUGCGACGCCCGAGGCGUUUCCAAGAUCCCCCAGUCACAACUAACAACAGCAAGGACGGCGAUAAUGAAGGAAGUCACGGGAGGCACUCCACCCAAAGCCACCCUAAAAUAGGCCAACACGGUCUCGACUUUACAAAUGCGCAAGCGAAACGCACAACCCGCCACAUGGUUUGUUGAAACUGCGCUACAGACACUCGAAAGGGGAUAUUUUGUUUUACUGUGCUGAUUAUUAGCCUGGAAUGCGCAAUCAAUGGACAGGAAUGGUGCGCG